CAUCCUCAAACAGCCUACAGUAGAACUCACUGAGGCAGACACUGACCACAUAACAGCCUAGCAAAGAGACAUUUCUUCAGACAAUUAAAAGGCAAGAGAACACUUAUUUGUUCUACACAGCUCUACGAUCAGAACAACAAGAUGUCUGGCAGAGGAUUAGUUGAGGAGGAGGUGGCUGUGACUCACACAGGACCAAAGGGUGUAAUUAAUGACUGGCGGAAGUUUAAGCUGGAAAGCUUGGAUCAGGAGUCUCUCCCUCCUAACAAGAGGGAGCUGCUGAAGCAGAUGUCCUUCCUGCACAAGUUCAAUGAUGAGUCCUCGGGUAACUCAAGUCACAGGAUGAGCACCCAGGAGUACAAGCUGCUCAAAGAGGAUGAUGAACAAUGUCUGCGCAAAUACCGUAAGCAAUGCAUGCAGGAGAUGCAUGAACGACUCAGCUUUGGCCCGAGGUUUAAUGGUGUACACGAACUGGAGAGCGGUGAGGCAUUUCUUGAAGUAAUUGAAAAGGAGCACCAGCUCACAUUAGUGGUUGUGCACAUCUACAAAGCCGGUGUCAAGGACUGUGAGGUGCUAGACAGAUGCCUGGACUUCCUGGCUGCGGAGUACCCCAGCGUCAAGUUCUGCCGCAUCAACACAGCCAUCUCUGGUGCAGGAGAACAGUUCUCUGACAACGUUCUACCUGCUGUGCUGGUUUACAAAGCUGGAGAGAUGCUGGGCAACUUCUUAGCUAUCACAAAGCACUUUAAUGAUGAGUUCUUUCCUACAGAUGUGGAGGGCUUCCUCACAGGAUAUGGCCUGCUGCCAGAGAAGGGGUUGAGGCCAGGUGAAGCUGAGGCAGAUGAGAAAUGAGUGAGGAUAUGGAGGAAUGGAAGGGAUAACAGUGGAAGAUUUAGUUUAUUAAUCUGCAGUUUAAUACAGUGGGACCUUGGAUUACGAGCAUAACUCGUUCCUGAAGCAGGCUCAUAUUCCAAAACACUCGUAAAUCAAAGCACAUUUUCCCAUAAGAAAUAAUGGAAAUUAAAAUAAUUCGUGUCACAGCCCAAAAAAA